UUGCUGUAGCUCCAUGAAAACGAAGCUAGGUGCAACAAAGAAGAAUUUACUAAGUUGUAGUAUACAUUUCAACGUUUUUCAAAUCACAUCACUGCACAAGUAACUGUACAUAUGUAUAUAAGCAUUCAGUAUUUCAGACGAUUUCGCGUUGACAAUUGGAUAAAACGUAAAAUAACGUUUUACAUUUAAUAACGGCAUUUCAAAACGAUAUGAUGAACACAUCUCAGCCACAGGCGCCGGGGACUCUAGAGAAAAAAAGUCAGUUCCGAAAGCAGGAACACAAAUCCAACUCCGAGGAAAAGGUCGAGCAUCAGCUUACGUUCGCAGAAAAUACUCUAAAGACUCAGAUUCAACUGAGGGAACAAUUGCGACACCAGCAGCAGUCAACGAUGUAUGCGACUUCAGUAUCCAACUCUUCUACUGGCGGACCAGCUCGGAUCAACGGAUCAGCUCAAAACCGAUAUCAGUCAGCGGAAAGGUCCGAAUACCAGGUUAAUUCAGCCCACCACCAAACAAACUUGAUGCCUGCCCAGUCACAACUAUUGCAUUUGCAACCACCGUUAAGUAAGUCGCCAUCAGGCUUGGAUACCACUUACUCCAGCUAUCCAAACACCAAUGGCAGUAUGGUGUCGAUAAAAAGUGAACAGCAGUUGUGUCAGAUAUACAAUUCGCAGCAGCAUUCCGAUUACAUAAUCUCCGAUUAUAUGGAUAAAAUUGCGACGCGGAUUAGUUUGCUCGAGACAGAGUUAAAGUUUGCUUGGCGAGCGUUGGACCUGCUUUCUACAGAGUACGGGAAAAUUUGGAUUCGUUUGGAGAAGCUUGAAAACAUAUCCGUAGAGCAACAGUCUGUGGUUAGCAAUCUUAUGGACCUAAUCGGAUCAGCAGCCCAGGAACAGCAGGAGGGCAACAUCGAAGGUCUGGAAUUCCCUUUAUUUCAGGAUGAAGAUCAGCUGCUACCAUUGGUAUUAGAAGAUGCCAUGGGUGUAGACAAAGUCUUAGAAGACGAACCACCGGUUCCAGACUAUGACAAAGAACUAAGUUUUGGAAACCAUAAUCACAGUGUAAUGUCCCAGCUUACUCAGGUCCGCGAUCCCGAUGUAUUUUCCAAUUCAGCUUGUGCCCUGGACUCUCGCAUCCCUUCUAAUCCUUACUUUAGUUAUGAAAAUGUUGCUUUGAAUAACCAAAGCUUGGGCUUCGGCAAGGCCGAUGACCCUACUCUUAAGAGAUUCCAGUCGGAUACUGAAGCUUCAUCGAGGAUACAACUUUAUUCAGAUACUGACCUUAUGUUGUACGAGAAACAGCAAAUUCUGGCCAAUAAUGCACGGGCCGAACUAAUGAAGGAAUUUAUAAAUGGACGACGAGUGUUAAAUGAGAUUUCAGCAUCCUCGGGUCAAAGUUUCAGGAAAUGUUCCAGUAUCUCACAGCCAAGAGAAGGACUUAAAAAUGAGCAGUCGUAUGUUGAAUUAGACGGCGAUCCCAUAAUACAGUCAAGCAACGCUUGUAAUGAACUAGAUAAUCUUAUCGAAGAUGUUAAGUUUUUUCGUUUAGCAGCCUCUAAAACCGGCGAGGGUGGAAACCAAGUACUACCCAUUGAAGAUACUGGAGGAACGGAGAUUUCAGCUAAAGCUGAUGAAAUGAGCGAAUCUUUUUACAAAAAACUAAACGAGGCAUAUCGAGACAAUGACUUAAGUUCUGAGAUAUUUAAAGUGGAUGCAUUGCUGUAUCAGUCUGAGGCUACCCACGAAAAACUUGGAUCAAUCAGUGGCCAUCCAGCGACCUCCUUAGACUCAAAACGUGGGGAGGGGAAGGACAAUUUAGAUAUAAAGUCUUUAGACACUGCAAAGACCAGUCAGCCGAACAACAAUUGUAGCAAGGAGUCAAGAAAACAUCGAAAAAAAAAGCAUCAUACAAACGAAAUGGACAUGAUAAAUAAACUGAAGUGUAUCCUUGCACAAGCUCAAUCGUCACGGAUUAUUAAUGGUGAUACUGAAGAAUUGAGUGCUGGACUGUUAGGUGUGCAUACCGGUAAUAAACAAAUUGAAGUUCGAGCCGAUAAGACACAGAAUGGGUUAGACAAUCGACUUUCACAAAAUAGUAUUUACUUGUUAAGUGAUGACAACCGAAUAAUUUUAGACAACAUAACAGAAACUCUAAUAGAGGAAAUAAAUAAAAUUCCAGGCCUGAAAUCUUUAAGUGCAUCACAAAUUAGCCAAUUACGCAGCACUGUAUGGUCCGAAGAGAAGUUUUUUCAAAAACUAAGCCAGGUCGAUAAAAAAUUGACUCUGCUCUUACUUAACCCGAUAACUGUAACUGAGGAGCUGCGAAGACAUUGUAUUACAAAUAGCAAUGAAAAAUUUAUUCUGGUUAUGAAAAAGUUUAAAAAAAAUAUCGAUACAUUAAAAAAAUUAGUUGGUAGCUCAUUGGACGAUUUUAAAACCGACAAACUGGGUGCAAAAACAACCUCAACUCAUAGCGUCAGUCCCAAUCUUACAUCGAAAAUAAAGGUUAGCAGUUUUAGUGCUCAUUUAUUAAGAAACAAAUCAGAUUUGGAUGAACAGCUAAAGAUUCUCGAAACGCAAGAGAUUGAAAUAAACCGAAAAAAAAAUAUAGACCAAAUUGUAAGCGGGCUUAGUGGGGACAUGGACCACUCUUUUAACCAAAAUGUAAAAUAUGAAAGUAGUUACAAUAUUGACCCCACAGCUGAUGAUUUUAAAAGUUCAUCGACAAAUAUUUAUAGUGAAGAUGAGUACAUUAAGUCAUUAAAAAAAAGUCUGGAACGUCACAACAGCAUGAUUUUUCUGCUCCAUUUACAAAAUCCUGAGAAACACAAGGUGUCUGCCGAAAUGAAUGAUGCACUAAUAGAUUCAAAUCGAGCCAGCCUCAGUCCCCCACCACCAGCUCCCAACGAUAUUCUUAACUUUAAUGAGUCCGUAAAUCAAUUUAGUGUUGAAAUAGACUCACAUCAACAAAAGAAUACGAAAUCAGAUUCGGGAUUGUCGUCGAUGAGCGGUUGGUCACCAAAUUCCCCAGGGCCAGUUGGAAUUCAAAACAGCAAUUUUUUGUGUAGCAAAAUCAUUGAUAAAAGUAAUGAUGAUACAUUAACAGGAUACCCAACAUUGCCAUUAGCUGGAAGUUCCAACCUAAAUAGCAUACGAACUGGUUAUGAUAAAAAUAGUACUGGCAAACAAAAUGAUUAUGUAAUAUCAGAAGAAAACUUAAACUACAUUCACGAGCUUUCUAAGAAUUUACCGAUUUGCUCUGCUUAUGAAAAUAGGUCAAUUUUCGAUAUAAAUUCCGACGCAAAUGACAUGGAAAAAUGUUCAACUGUUGACGAAAUGAUAGAAUGGGAUCAGCUUAAUCAGCAGGAUACAAAAAAUCUUUCAACGGAGCUGUCGAACUCCACCCGUAUGCCAGACCUGUUGACUACUGAAACAAAUAAAUCAACUGCAAGGUCUAUGGUAAACAACAAAUUCCCAAAUGUUAAUCUAGGAAAUGUUAAAAGACAAAACGAUGACGGCAUAUUAAGAUAUAGCCAUGUAGAAUCAACUAUGGAUUACGAAAAAACGGUGAAUCAAUGUAAUAGACGUUAUUUAACAGACAGACUAGUAUUCUAUCCGUCUUCCAACUCUAUUAUUGAUUACAAUAGCAGCAAUAACUUGGAUUACUUAGGUCAACAGAACCAAAAACGGUUUACUAGAGAGCCCGGGUCUAAGCCUGCUCUUGAAGCACCACAGAUUCAUCAUAAUUUUACUGCUAAUACUUAUUCCCAAGCGCAGCUGGGAAAUCUUGUUGGCCCGACUGGCUCAGGUCAAUCAGAACUAUGUUUUAACUCUGUACCUAUGAUGAGUUCUGCCGAUCCUUCGAGCAAUAUUAAAAGACAUUCACGACUUGGGCCAGGAGUCGGGCCUGCUAAGCCCGCAAAGGUAUGGAACAAGCUAAAUACCCUCUUGGUAGAUAAUCUAAAAAUUAAGCGUAUAUCCAAGUUUAAUCGAUCACAGUCAUUACCCGGUGAUGUGCAAAGUCAAGGUAAUCAGAGACAGCCUCGUGGCCAGGCGGGUUCGUGUCCGUUUAUUUCUCAUAAGCGUUCUAAUGUAACUGGAAACCAGGUUCAGCUAUCAAAGAGAAUACAAAAGCUACCGAUGCGUCUUAUACGUAGGGCGACAGGAUCCCCAUUUGGGCGACGGUUGUCUCACACCGACUCCGCCGCUUCAUCAGAUUCCGCUGCCGAUGAGCCUUCUUUAACAAGUGACACAGCUGGACAAAAGAAGUCAUUUUCAUCUAAGAUGAAUAAUCUUAUGAAAAAGGCGAAGACUUACAAGCGGCACAGCUUUGACCUGCGCCGCGGCUGUAACAUGUCGGACAUUGAAAUAGAUUUGCCGGACUUUACCUCAUCGGAUAACGAUAAAAGCUCUGUAUUCGAAAGUAAAAUUAUAAUGAAUCAUCACGGGGUUAAUGCAGAUAAAGAUUUUAGUGACCAAAAUACCUGUGCCUUUGAGGAUGAACAGGACUCAGAUAGUUCCAUGAAGGACAUUAAUGAGAGUCUAUCAAACAAUGUAUUUGCUGUGGUAGGAGACCUUAAAAAGAUGCAAAACCCCAUACCACUGGCCGUCUCAACAGCAUUGCCUUCUACUGAGGCAGCAAACAGUAGGGAAAUUGGCAAUGUGGAAAAUAUGACCAUUAAAAUGCCAGAGAUACUCUUAGAAACAUCAUCACAGGCAUGCCUUCAGAAGCUCAACUCAGUCUGUAUAGACGAUGUCGACGAUGAGAACAUUCUUGGAAGUUCAGUCAAUAUUGGUGAGAAUGUCCCCACCCUCAAUAUACUUAAAACUACUGAAGAAGCUGGGGACACGCCAUUCAACACAUUCCUAGCAACGACAACAGCCACAACCGUCAGUCGUAACCUCAAUGGCAGUGGUGUUUUGUGGGUCACUCAGCAGUGCUUAGACCUUCCAAACAAUUCGAGCUAUGGGCCGCGGGAGGAUGACGAUAAUCGAAGUCAGCACUCUGCUCGCACUCUCUCUUCUUCUCGCCGACAAAGCACUGAGGAUAGCAUCGACACAGACGACGAAUACUUUUAUUAUGAACUUCGCCAGUUGGAAGAACAGGAACAGCAACGGACAGAGCAGUCCGGGAUUGUCUCUUGCGAACAAAGUGAAGAUAAUGAAGUUUUGUUUUCACAGAUAGGACAACUUCUCCAAAACGAUGUCAACGGAGGAGACCGUUUUCAACAGUCUGAUUUCUGUAAGGAUGGGGAAGACACCAUUAAUUAUUCUCCAAAUGAAAGUGUAAAGUUGCGGAUGUCUGAGGUAUUUUGUGAACUCAAACGCGUCGUUAAUUUACAGUCCGGCGACAGUAAGAUACACACAGCUUCUGAUGUUGUUAUUGAAGAUUUUGCAGUUGUAAAGCCAACAGGUGAACAAUUUGCUACAGUCAGUGACAUGCAUAGCGCUUGGCAGGAUAUAAACGGCGAUUUUCAAAAUACGGCUUCAGAAGUGGAUUCUAAUGACGAUGCCGAGAUGGAAAACAAUGGCGGGGGGACUCUUCAUUAUUUAAAUAAUAAGCAGCGAAAGUUGCGACGAUUAAAAAGAAAAGCACGCGAUCGGAAAGUUAAUAUUUCUAACAAAACAGCCAGUUCAAGUUCCUCUUGCCAUUCUGAAAAUGAAUAUGAGCAGGAGCAACACAGUCAACAUUUUGAGCAAUGUGUUCCGAAAUCCGACGCAGAAAAAGAAGAAAAGGAUAUAUCAAUAAAAUCCACGGCAUCUAGCGAAACAUCUGGACCCGAUACGCCUGCUGAGAUGAGUGAUGUUGAGAUGAGUGAAAAUGGCAUGGAAAAUGGCGUGAAGGCUAAGGUCCAUACAUCAGAUAAUGCAAAUUUGCAUGAUACAAUCAGUCCAGGUAUUCCUUUAAAAGUGGAUCAAAAGUCAAUACUUCAAUCUGAUGAAGAUCUUAAUGAGCACAAACUAAAUAACCACUCUCAGACUAAUACGAAUUUAUCGGAGGUUCCAUCUCAAAGCCCAGACUUAAAUAGGCUAAAAAGUCAAGAGUUAGAUGUUGACGGAUCCCAGGCUGCGGGCAGUAUUGGUGCCGCAGCAGGUCUUGGUAGCAGCAAGUGGAAGUUGUUAAAAACUUUAAAGGAGCGCAAAAUCGAGGAAAAAAAUAAUCAAGAUAAAAUUAAAGAAGAUGAAUUGACUAAGGACAGAGAAAAGAAUGGCGGUGGUACUGGAGAAGUUGGUUUGCGUUCCAAUGGUCAUCCCGGAGAUAAUCCUUUCUAUAGCAAUAUUGACAGUAUGCCGGAUAUACGUCCUCGUAGAAAAUCCAUUCCCCUUGUGUCUGAACUGGUUCUCAAGACGAUGGCCGCUACAAAACGAAAUGCUGGACUUACAUCCGCUGUACCUCGUGCAACGCUAAACGACGAAGAACUGAAAAUGCACGUGUAUAAAAAAGCUCUACAGGCCCUGAUCUACCCCAUAUCAUCGACAACGCCACACAACUUCCUGUUGUGGACGGCAACGUCACCAACCUACUGCUACGAAUGCGAGGGUCUACUGUGGGGAAUCGCACGGCAAGGAGUACGGUGCACUGAGUGCGGUGUUAAGUGCCAUGAAAAGUGUAAGGACCUGCUGAAUGCUGAUUGUCUUCAGCGUGCUGCCGAAAAGAGCUCAAAACACGGUGCGGAGGAUAAGGCCAAUUCGAUCAUUACAGCCAUGAAGGAGAGAAUGAAACAACGAGAGCGAGAGAAACCAGAAAUUUUUGAGUUGAUCAGGAUGACAUUCGGUGUGGAUCCUGAUACACACAUAGAUUCAUUAGAACAGGCUGAGCACGCUACUGUUGAGGGAACAUCUAAGUGGUCAUGCAAACUAACUAUUACAGUGAUUUGUGCUCAAGGCCUGAUAGCGAAGGAUAAAAGCGGUACCAGUGAUCCAUAUGUGACGGUACAGGUUAGCAAGGUGAAAAAACGAACGCGAACAAUGCCACAGGAACUUAACCCUGUGUGGAACGAGAAGUUUCACUUCGAGUGCCAUAACUCCUCAGACCGUAUAAAAGUACGGGUUUGGGACGAAGACAACGAUCUUAAGUCAAAACUGCGGCAGAAAUUAACCCGAGAGUCGGACGACUUCUUGGGUCAAACAAUUAUAGAGGUUCGUACGCUUUCCGGAGAAAUGGAUGUUUGGUACAACUUGGAGAAGCGCACAGACAAAUCGGCCGUAUCAGGUGCGAUACGGCUUCACAUAUCCGUUGAAAUAAAGGGCGAGGAGAAGGUAGCUCCUUAUCAUGUUCAAUAUACCUGCCUGCACGAGAAUCUGUUUCAUUAUCUUUGUGAAGAAAACAUCGGAAUGGUUAAAUUGCCAACCCAGAAAGGCGACGAUGCUUGGAAACUGUAUUUUGACGAAAUUCCCGAGGAGAUUGUCGAUGAGUUUUCUAUGCGGUAUGGAAUUGAGAACAUCUAUCAAGCUAUGACGCACUUUCAUUGCUUAUCUGCCAAAUACCUUUGCCCCGGAGUACCAGCCGUAAUGAGCACACUGUUGGCAAAUAUAAAUGCAUAUUAUGCUCAUACAACAGCUUCUUCAGCUGUGUCGGCCAGUGAUCGAUUUGCGGCCAGCAAUUUUGGGAAAGAAAAAUUUGUAAAGCUGCUGGACCAGUUGCACAACUCACUUAGAAUUGAUUUGUCAAUGUAUAGAAACAACUUCCCUGCGUCGAGCCCGGAAAAGUUAAUGGACCUAAAGUCGACAGUCGAUUUAUUGACGAGCAUAACCUUUUUCCGUAUGAAGGUCCAAGAGCUAUCUAGUCCUCCGAGGGCGAGCACAGUGGUUAAGGACUGUGUUAAAGCUUGCCUGAGAUCGACUUAUCAGUUCUUGUUCGAGAACUGCUAUGAACUCUACAACAGAGAAUUUCAGGUGGAUCCCAACGAAGCAAAACGUGCGCCGGAUGAUCAUGAACCCAAACUGGAUAGCGUAGACUUCUGGCACAAGCUUAUAGCUUUGAUCGUGUCAGUGAUAGAUGAAGAUAAAAACAGCUAUGGCACAGUCUUAAACCAAUUUCCUCAGGAACUAAAUAUUGGCCAGCUAUCAGCAUCCUCAAUGUGGCAUCUUUUUGCUGUGGACAUGAAGUAUGCACUUGAAGAGCACGAGCAGCAUCGUCUCUGCAAGUCAUCGGCUUAUAUGAAUCUUCACUUUCGAGUUAAAUGGCUAUAUAGUAACUACGUCAAAGAGGUGCCUCCCUACAAAGGAGCAGUUCCCGAUUAUCCUGCAUGGUUUGAGCCUUUUGUGAUGCAAUGGCUAAAUGAGAAUGACGACGUAUCACUGGAAUAUCUUCACGGCGCAUUUAAGCGAGACAAAAAAGACGGGUUUCAAAAGAGCAGCGAACACGCGCUUUUUUCAAAUUCGGUUGUCGACGUUUUUACGCAAUUGACGCAAUGUUUCGAUGUUGUUAGCAAACUCGAGUGUCCUGAUCCAGAAAUUUGGAAACGUUACAUGAGGCGUUUUGCUAAAACAAUCGUAAAAGUGUUAAUAGCUUAUGCGGAUAUUGUAAAAGUAGAAUUUCCAGAUCACAUGAAGGAUGAAAGAAUUGCUUGCAUACUUAUGAACAACAUUCAACAACUGAGAGUGCAGUUGGAAAGAAUGUUUGAGUCUAUGGGAGGGGAUAAGCUAGAGGAGGACGCAGCCAACAUUUUGAAGGAACUUCAGCAGAAUUUAAAUUCAGCACUGGACGAUUUGGCAUCACAAUUCGCCAUCAGCUUGGAGCCGCGAAUAACUCAGUCUGUGAGAGAACUUGGUGAUAUGCUACUUUCUAUCAAAGGAGGUAGUGGGACUCUGGCAGCUGGGAACCUAGCCGCUCAAAGGAACACGGUUGCCGUCGAGGCCGAUGAAGUUUUGAGGCCGCUAAUGGAUUUGCUCGACGGCUCUUUAACUCUAUAUGCCCAAUCGUGUGAAAAGACCGUACUAAAGAGGUUACUGAAGGAGCUAUGGAAAAUUGUGAUGCGAAUAUUAGAAAAAACUAUUGUUCUACCACCAAUGACUGAUAAAACCAUGAUGUUUAAGCACCUUACUGACAAUGCAAAAAACUUAGCAUCCAAUGCAAAAAUUGAAGACAUGGGACGACUGUUUAAGUCACAUAUGGCAGGGAAGCAGGAUGUUAAAAGUGCGCUUAGCGGUGUAAUGGACAUAUCGAAGGAAGUCGAAAAGAACUUGUCACCCAAACAGUGUGCCGUGCUUGACGUUGCCUUAGAUACAAUAAAACAAUAUUUCCACGCCGGUGGCAAUGGACUGAAAAAGACGUUUCUGGAAAAAUCGUCCGAACUGCAAAGUUUACGUUACGCACUCAGUUUAUAUACGCAAAUGACAGACACACUAAUCAAAACAUUUAUAUCUAGUCAAGUUCAUGAGGUUGAUCCUGAAAACGCCGAGGAAAGUGUCGGCGAGAUUUCCGUGCAAAUAGACUUGUUCUCUCAUCCAGGCACCGGUGAACACAAAGUAAACGUAAAAGUUGUUGCUGCUAAUGAUCUUAAAUGGCAAAUACCGUCCGGUAUGUUUAGACCAUUUGUUGACAUCAAUUUAAUCGGACCACACCUACAAGAAAAGAAAAGGAAAUUCGCUACUAAGUCAAAGUCAAACAAUUGGUCACCCAAAUACAACGAGUCUUUCAGCUUCACUAUUGGAAAUGAGGAGCAGCUAGACUUUUUUGAGUUGCACAUUUGCGUUAAGGACUAUUGUUUUGCCCGUGAUGAUCGACUCGUAGGCGUAGCUGUAAUCCCACUAAAAGAUAUCUCAGAAAAGGGUUCUGUCGCAUGCUGGUUACCCUUAAUGAGACGUAUUGAAAUGGACGAAACGGGCUGGACCAUUUUAAGGAUUUUAUCACAACGUAACAAUGAUGAAGUAGCCAAGGAAUUUGUCAAGCUGAAAUCGGAAAUACGACAGGAGCCAACGAUGGGCACAUAAAUCUACAAAUUCACCUAUUACAUAAUAUUACUUUGACAAAAUAGCUUUUUAUGUUUUCCGGUGUUCUGUAUUACCAGUAUUCCCAUAUAGCAAAAUCAUACAAAAAAUAUGCAAUAUAAAUAUAAAUAUAUAUCUAAACACUAUGUAUGUUCAUUGACGUAAACAUGUAUAUCAUAACUCCACCACGUUCACAGAAAUGACUUACAUCAAGCCUCGAAAUUUAUAUUGUCAUAUCCAAUAUUGAAAAGAGCACUUAGAAAGAUAACCAAAUAAUUACACAAUUUCUAACUUCUGUCUAUACACAAUUAUGUUUAACUGAUCAGCUGUAAUACAUCCGCAUACAUUCGUGCAUUUGUACAUAAUGCAGGCAAGACGCUUAUAUAAUUUUUUAUAUUUAUUUACUAAAUCCAUAUUCAUCUGUAAAUUUAAAAAUCACUACAUGCACAUUCCUAUUUCUGUAAAUAAGUACCUGUAUAAAUAUUAAUUGGUAAUUCUCAAACAUAUUUGUUAAAGAUACUUCACAUAAGUACACAAUAAGUCCAUGUGAAUCCUUAUUUUUUUCUAUUGCAAUAAAAGAUAUAUAAAAUUACAAAUCAAUCAACAAAAUAAAUAUA